UGCCUCAAUAGUUCAGUACAAGACAGUUGUGAAGACGGGAACAGUUUACCAUUGACAUUUUUGUGAGCUGUCAUCUGAAUAUAUCCCCAUAGGAAACUGCUCUCCAUUUUUGUUUGGUCGUUUGGCCACCUGUGACAGUCUGAUGGCCUACAGAAAUGUAGGUAAUCGGGAAUAUGACACGAUUAGCAGUGAUACGGAAGAUUCAGAACCAGAUGAAAGGCGAAGGAAACCCUGUAUGAAAAGACCUAGUGGUGGCGCUAAACCAAAGACCAAAGCAAAGCCAAUACUUGUCAACAAGGAGCGGCCAGGAACAACAACAACCAGUGGUGGGAGUGCAGUGAACAGUGAUAGUGAUGAACCUGCCUUGCACUCCCUCAAGAUAGCACCUGUCUCACAGAGGAAUAAAACACGCGGAGGACGUAGCAGCCAGAACAGUAUGGCAGAGGCUGGCCGUCUAUCUUCCAGUGGAAAUGUCACAAGUGUCUCAAAAGAGAGGAUUACCUUGGUGGUGGAUGAUACAAGAUUUGUUGCUGAUGUUGAUUCUAUUAGAGCUCAUCCCAACACUAUGCUUGGAAGGAUGUUCACUUCUACUGUAGAAAACAAUUUUACAAGGCCGAAUGAAAGGGGAGAGUUUGAAGUUGCAGAAGGAAUAUCUGCAAAUUGUUUUAGAGCAGUUUUAGAAUAUUAUCGUAAUGGCACUAUUCGUUGCCCACCAAGUGUUUCCAUUCAGGAGUUGCGAGAAGCUUGUGAUUAUCUCCUCAUUCCCUUUGACGCAAACACGAUCAAAUGUCAGAAUUUGAGAGGACUGUUGCAUGAACUUUCCAAUGAUGGUGCUAGAGAACAGUUUAGCUAUUUACUUGAGGAUCUGAUCCUCCCCCAGCUGGUGGAGUGUGCUCAGCGUGGGGACAGGGAGGCACACAUUGUGGUGCUCUGUGAGGAGGAUGUGGUGGACUGGGAUGAGGAGUAUCCUCCACCCAUAGGAGAGGAACAUUCACAGAUUAUCCAUAGUACCCAACUGUACAGAUUCUUUAAGUAUAUUGAAAACAGAGAUGUUGCCAAACAGGUUUUAAAAGAAAGAGGACUGAAGAAGAUAAAGUUAGGCAUAGAAGGAUACCCAACUCAUAAAGAAAAGGUGAAAAGGAGACCAGGUGGCCGAUCAGAAGUAAUUUAUAACUAUGUGCAGAGGCCAUUUAUUCACAUGUCAUGGGAAAAAGAAGAAGCAAAGAGUCGCCAUGUUGACUUCCAGUGUGUGAAAACUAGCAAAUCAAUUACAAACUUAGCUGCAGCAGCAGCAGACACUCCCAAUGAUCAGGCUGUAGUAGAUCAGAUAGAUCAAGGACUUGUUUUGAACAGAGUGGAAGCUUUAGAUGGGAACCUUCAUGUUCUUGCACAUGAUCCUCCUGUCAUACCAGCUGAACCCUUCCAGGAUAUAGAACCAGAAAAUGACACAUAGACAGGGUUGUCACCUCCCUUCCACAUCAAAUUUUUUAAAAAAUUGAAAAGUAAUAUGACAAUGAAAAACACAAUUUUGUACACUAUUGUGAGCUUUGGGCUAUUCUGAUGCACCCAUUUUUUGCUUUACCACCUGAUGAUCUUUGGAUAUAACAUGUUGGAGAAAUGUACAUGGUAGCACUGCAGUAUUCGUUUACAACAUUGUAAAGUUUGAAAAAAAGUAAGCAUAUAAAUCACUUACUGAAUCAGUAAUCUUAGUUUUGGUUGAAUAAUGAGAUGUUACCUUUCAAAAGAGGUAAAUCACUGGUGGUUAUCGCAUGAUAUCUUUGAUAUAGUUUCAGAAUUAAAUCCUCUGCCUACAGCAAAAGAUACAAAAAUCUCAUUAAAAAAAAACAUAUCAAUAUCAGCAUGAGAAUUCCGGCUUCAAUUUUAACAAACUUUGCCAUCUUUUUAGUAUUUGGGGAAAAGUCAUUUGAAAGAUGUCUUCAACAAGACACUAAAAGUGGAUGUAUGGAUAUUCAGUUUAUUAUCUUAUACAAUUUAAUUUAUCAUGGUCAGCUAACAAAUGAGAAUGUUUUCACUGUUUUAAGAUUUACUAACAUGAAAAAAAAAAUCUUGGUAAACGUCUUUAGUGCCAGUAUCAGUGCUGUAUAAAUGCACAAAUAAAUACUCAUCAACAUGG